AUGGACAGCAGCCUGCAGGACUGGCCUCUCAACGCCUCGGCGGCCGGAGGCACCGGAGCCGGGGACCAGCUGCUGGGCAGGUUCGGGGCCACGUGGACCGUCUCGCUGGCCGUGCUCAUGGCGCUGCUGAUCGUGGCCACCGUGGCCGGGAACGCGCUGGUCCUGCUGGCUUUCGUGGUGGACUCCAGCCUGCGGACCCAGAACAAUUACUUCCUCCUCAACCUGGCCAUCUCCGAUUUCCUAGUAGGUGCCUUUUGCAUUCCCUUGUAUGUGCCCUAUGUGCUGACAGGAAGAUGGGCCUUUGGGAAAAGCUUCUGCAAGCUCUGGCUGGUAAUUGAUUAUCUGCUCUGCACCUCUUCAGUCUUCAACAUUGUACUGAUUAGCUAUGACAGAUUCCUCUCUGUGACAAGAGCGGUCACAUACCGAGCUCAGCAAGGUAAUACCAAGCAAGCAGUGCUGAAGAUGGUAAUGGUGUGGGUCUUAGCUUUCCUGCUCUAUGGACCUGCAAUUAUCAGCUGGGAAUACGUAACAGGCCAGAGCAUCAUACCUGAUGGGGAAUGCUAUGCUGAAUUUUUUUACAACUGGUAUUUUCUCAUGACGGCCUCCACACUAGAGUUUUUCACCCCCUUCAUCAGUGUAUUGUUUUUCAACUUAAGCAUUUACCUGAACAUUCAGAAACGCACCAAAAUCCGCCUAGAUAUCUUCCACGAAGUACAGAGCCAGUCGUUCAUGGAGGAGAUGGAAAUGAGCCAGGAAGGAAAGCUUUCCCUGAAAUGCUGUAAGUGGGACCAGAAAGAGGCAGCCGAAACCCUAGACCUUCCCAAAUGUGAAACACAACAAGCAGCUGCCAAUGCCAGUCAGAGUGUGAAAGACUCACAGACAUCAGACUCAAAGAGCUCUGGGCCCUAUAGUGGGAAAUCAAAGUCUUUCAACAAGAGGAGCUAUAAACACUCAGCGUCUACAAUGUCUUUAGAGAAACGGAUGAAGAUGGUCUCCCAAAGCAUCACACAGCGUUUCAGGCUCUCCAGAGACAAGAAGGUGGCAAAAUCACUGGCAGUUAUAGUGAGCAUUUUUGGGCUUUGCUGGGCACCAUACACCCUCCUCAUGAUCAUCCGAGCUGCUUGCCAUGGCCACUGCAUCCCUGAUUACUGGUAUGAGACUUCCUUCUGGCUCCUGUGGAUCAACUCUGCUGUUAACCCUGUCCUGUAUCCCCUCUGCCACUACAGUUUUAGAAGAGCUUUCAUUAAACUCCUGUGCCCCAAGAAGCUAAAGAUCCAACCUCACAAUUCCCUCCAACACUGCUGGAAGUGA